AUGGAGCGCGGUGUAUCUCCAGGUGUAGACUUCUUCGACGAUCAGUCCUCUGGGUCCGAGUGGGAGGAUGCAGAUGACGAAGACAGGACACAGACCUUAUCAGAAGACGGAGAAGUUGGACUGGGCUUAGGCAGCUUGGUUCACUCUCCAGUCAGACAGCAUCGAAGAUCUAGGGGGAGGAGUCGUGAGAGGAGCGGCUUGACGGCGCUACCAGCGUUCAACCAGAAACAUUCGCACGGCCCUCUUGAUGGCUUCGGAAAUACGCAUGAAAAUGCAGGGCCGAAUAAAGCGAGGCAUGUCUCGCUUACUCGGAUGGAGAAGGUCAAUGUCAGAGUCGUCCACAACCAUGGCUCAAAUGCCAGCACUCCACGGGGCUCAGUCAUGAGCAACCGUUCUGAGGAUACUGUCACACACAUUCCAGAAACGACGAAACCGUAUUCCAUCGAUGCGAGGGGCGAAGCUGCCUUCUUGCCAGAGUACCACCACGGUCACCAUCGCCGUAACACUUCAGACAGCGUCAUUGCAGACUCCAUCAUCAAUGCCCACCUCACCACAAUGCAAGCCUUGAAAGCUCUGUCUCCAUCUAGUUCGGUUCCCGAGGUGUCCGGCCAUUCAUUCUACUCAGCAACCAGCAUUGAGCCCCCUAAAGCUAGAUCCUUCAGCGAUGCCCGACAUAUCAAACUCUCGCCCAUCUCGGUCAAAGACCGCGACCACCUGCCCAGCCACUUCGUCAAAACUCCAUACCCUUUCACUGCUAAAAAGGAAUUCCCGAAACCCGCAACCAGACCACGUCACCGCAAUGCCGAUGGCCGCCUAGAUAGCGGCUAUGGUGGGGACAGUGGCUACGGCGGCGAAGGUUCAAGAAACGAGUACUCCAACUUCAAAGGAAAGCAUGUUGUCGCUCUAAUGUCCAACGAUGGUGCGUACGAUUUACACAGUCGCCUGGACCGCAAUGUUGAUGCGCGAGGUAUCUUCCCUACGCAAGACAGUCAUUCCGAGACGCACUGCUCAGAGACUGUUCUACAUUUGAGCUUGCAGAAACACCAGAAAAUGGCAAGCCGGGAGCGAGCCAAGAUUCUCAUCCCAAGUGACCUCUCAACAACUUCUCCAGAUCGCCGUCAUGCCAUAGAGUUCGAUGACAAAUACCUCGCUGAGCGUUUACGACAGACACACAGUGAACUCGCUGGCUCGUGGGCCAAAAGGCAUCUCAGCGCAAGGAAGAUGCGGUACAUCCGCCUUUCCCAAAACAGCGCGUGGAGCGACAUCCCUUCGGCACCCACGCAUCAAGACGGGGGAACAAGCAGACUUCUGGCUUCGGGAGCCGGAACUGGUGCUGGAGAAGACUCACGGCCGUUUACCGAGGAGAAGCUCAUGCAUUUGUACAAGCACCCAAGGACGGGGAAAGCGAGAUAUACUUGGGUCCAUUGGGCCAGACGAGUCGCCAUAUCCAAUACAACCGCCCCAUCUCGACCGCAUACAUCGAGUUCGUCGCAUCAGCAGUAUAGCAUCCUUGAGAGCGAGCGUGACGAGGAUAAGGAGGGCAGUGUGAUACACCAUCACAUUGCUCCGCCAUCAGACACCAUCACAACCGUGCAGUUCGUGCACACACUCUCUACGCUUCGCAUCCUCGUCGCCCUUGCGCUGAUUCUGGUAACUAGCGCGCUGGCGUCUCUCCUCUGGAUCUUCCUAGGCGUAAACGGAGGGUGGUUGAGCGACAUCACGAAGCAAAGAGCCGACAGAGUGGGCGGUGGGAUGGCAGUCGGUGUCUUGGUGCUCCUACUCGAGUUGCUAGGGUUCGGCGCCUGGGUGUGGCGGAGUUGA